ACAGGGCUCACCUAAAAUGGACGCUGUGAGGGAGACACUAAUUAAUAGCUAUGCAUGGAGCCGCUGUAACCAGGUAACGAUAAAUACAGUGAUGGCUUCCGGUAACCGGUCGCCGGGCAACAGUGCAAGUCAACAUAUGUAUUAAAGGAGCGAUCCUGGCAAGAUGGCUACAGCUUCUGCCCCUGUUGUCCAGUAUGGCAGGAGGAAGGGCAUGUUUAGAGCUCAGUCAGGUAAGCAGAGGUGGGCUCCUACACAUACACACAAAAUAACAUGGAUAAUCAUCUCCAGGCUGCUCAUCUAUUCCUCUGUUACUAGACCCAUGGCUAGCAUCACAGCCCCUGUACAAAUCUCUGACACCCAUCUUUUAGAUAACUUUACCAUAAAAUCAGCUAACAAAAAUGUGUAUGUUUGUGCAUGCAUGCGCGCGAACUCUGUGUAUGUUUGUGCAUGCAUGCGCGUGAACACUGUGUAUGUUUGUGCAUGCAUGCGCGUGAACACUGUAUGUUUGCGCACGCAUGCGCGCGAACUCUGUCAUAGCUUUCUUCAAACUAAAAAACUCCCCCCCAACCACCCCACAAAUUUGGCCAUUUGGGCUUAAAUUUUGAAAUUCACUUUGAAUUUAUUUGAAUGUCUGGCAAUUCUUUCUAUAGCGAAUAAUAUUUUAACGUUGAUACUUCUCUUGUGUUGUGUUUAUGGAAAAUUGACCAGGUAAUUACACAUUUUAGGCAGAAAAAAAGUAAAUAUGUAAAAACAGGGCGAAAAAAACAGAAAUUGUGAUUUCUUAAAUUUUUUUUUUCAAUUUACCUAUUUAUGGUUUUUUAAUUUUUUAAUUUUUUAAAGGGUUACUCCAACCUUUUUAAAUCACUUGUGCUGGGGGUGCAACUAGCUUUCAGCACACAAUUAAAAUAUAUAGCUAGGGUUUCAAACACUACACAUACACACUCCUUCCACCAAGACCACUUCAAAUCACUGAUGUGGUCAUGGUGGUUUGAGUAACCCUUUAACCCCUUAAGGACACAUGACAUGUCAUAAUUCCAUUUUAUUCCAGAAGUUUGGUCCUUAAGGGGUUAAGGAAAAUAGCCUGGCUAUUUUACCAUAUUUCAGAGGCAUGCCUUUCCAUCAUUAAUUCACAAUUAGAAAACUAAUGACCCAAAACUUAUCCAAAUGCAAAACAAUAUUAAAAAUGGUCUUGUAAUUUAUUAUUCUAUACACAUUUUAAGAUAUUGUAAUUAAGAGAUUGGACAGGCCAAAUCAGUAGGUGGAAUCUUUUUUUUUUUUCUACACACUGUUCUCUUGUUUUGUUCAUUGUAAAAUAUUCCCCAUCUUUAUUACAUUUUAAGAAAAUUAUGUGACCGAAAGCAUUGCCAUUUCUGAAACCAAGCUAUGUUCCAGUAAAUGCACUCAAAUCCUUAGCCGGUAUGGUAUAAAGCUUGUGAUCAUUGUGUCUUGAUCUAUACAUUUCACUUUUAACAUUUCCUUUUUCUCCAAAAACAAGCAUCUCAUUUGGGACAUACAGAUAAGUGUGCUAGAUUAUUUUGAUUACAAUUGCAGCUGAAGAACAUUCAGAAAACAAGAGAAUCGACCUCCGUCAGAUUACAGUACUUCCAAAGUCCGAAUGGGAACGAAUUUUGAAUAACACCAAUCCAUUUGAAAAUGAAGCCAGGCAGGUUUUUGAAGACAAGAAGGAGAGGGAAGAAAUGCAUUUACGUUCCAAAGAGUUAACAAAAAAUUGGAAGAACACCAUCUCCGUAAGUAAUCUCACAAACCAAGAUUGACGUACAGGUAAAAGCCAUUUACCCAUCUGCUUAUUCCUACUCUAAAAUCACUAUCCAAAGCCAUCUUGAAUUCUUCCACUGUUGCAGUCUCCACCAGUUUUGCUGGAAGGUUGUUCAAUACAUCAGGACAGUAACCUGUCUUUACAAAGUAUUAUUGUAAUUUAACACCUUAGUACUCUCUACCCUACGACCUCUGCUGGAAGGCUUUUUCCAUGUAUGUACAUGGAAACAUACAGGUAGAUGUUUUACAUACAUGCAGGUAAGAAAGCAUAACAGCUCUUGACAACUAUACUUUAGCAACACUCAAAAUUUAUCUUUUGUACCUUUAAACUGGUUCUAGUAUAAAAGCAUUACAUGGGUGAACUUUAAAGAUGAAUAUUUGGAAAUGCUAGCUUGUGUUAUUCCUAGGGAUAGCUUUGAGAAUAUGAGAAUUUGGCAACAUAUGCUUCCCUGGUAGGUUUGGAGUGUGUACUACGAAGUACAUGUACACCUUGCCGUGUAAACUCUAAAUUGCAUCCUCACUAGUUACCUGGUUUGAUGAAUGGCAUGACUUCUCUGUUUACUAGUUUCUUUUGUCUUGAGGGCUUAAAGCCCAACAAAUAUGAGGACAUCACCAUGUGGGCAGUUAGUAAAGAAAAAGAAAACCUCACAGCUAUGUGGAUAUGAAUAAGCAUUUGGGGACUGUAUGACCCCCUCCCACUUAGAGUUUCCAUCAGUCUCUAGAGUUUGUUCACUAAACACUGAAUUGUAGUUUACAAUAAAAAAAAUCUCCCAAUUCAGGUCAAAAUAGUCAUGGAAGUUAUCUCCAACUACACUGUAGUUACAACUAAAUUUAAAAGUUUAUGCCGAACAGCUAAAAGAUUAUACCACCCCCAGCUAGGAUAUUUAGUAUUAAAGAGUCACUCAAAGCAGAAUAAGUACUCUAUCUUAUUGAAGAAGUUAUAGUGCAAGAACCCUGUCCUUGCAGGCUUUCUUUGUGAAAAUAUUAUUAUCCUGAGAUAAAUAAAUAAAAAAUCUUGUGUAGGGCUGCCUCCUUGCGCUGUCAGUCAGCCAGCUAAAAUACUGUCUUUGUGGCUGACAAUAUUAGUUUGGUGCAACUUUUGAAUCUGGCCUCAGCCCACCCAACAUGCCAACCCCAGUGAUGUAUUUAGUAUCUGUGCUGCCCUGGCAUGAUGGAACUCAGGCACCCCUAAUUUGCUUUUUCCCCACCCCUCCCUGUCAAUGCCACACCUUUUUCUGUUAAACAGCUAACACACACUUUGACUGACACACUCUCAGAUACACUGAUUUGACACAAUCACUGACUCACUGACACACAAUUACUGACAUACACACACACAAUCACUCAGACACAAACAUUCACUCACAGACACACACUCAAUCAUUGAGACACACAGGCGCCCUCACAGACACACUCAGAAACAAACACAUAUUCACUGACAGACACACACACUCACUGACAGACAGCCACACAGUGAUAGACACACUGACAGACAUACACACACACAAUCACUCAGAUACACACUGACAGACAGACACACACUCAUAUAAACACCUACAGACACACACUGACAGCCAGCCAGACACACACAAUCACUCAGACAUACACUUACAGGCACACACACACUGACAGCCAGACACAAACAAUCACUCAGACAUACACUUACAGGCACACACACAAUCACUCAGACAUACACUGACAGACAUAAAUACACUGACAGCCAGACACACACAAUCACAAAGACAUACACUUACAGGCAUACACACACUGACAGCCAGACACACACAGUCACUCAGACAUACACUGACAGACAUACAUUGACAGCCAGACACACACAAUCACAAAGACAUACACUUACAGGCAUACACACACUGACAGCCAGACACACACAAUCACUCAGACAUACACACACUGACAGCCAGACAAACCCAAUCACUCAGACACACACUGACAGCCAGACCCAAUCACUCAGACACACACUGACAGACAUACACACACUGACAGCCAGACAAACCCAAUCACUGACACACACUGACAGACAUACACACACUGACAGCCAGAAACACACAAUCACUCAGACAUACACACAUUGACAUUUAGACAAACACUGAUAUACACACACUGACAGCCAGACACACACAAUCAAUCAUACGCACACUGACAUCCAGACAAACACUGAUAUACACACACUGACAGCCAGACACACACAAUCACUCAGACAUACACACACUGACAGGCCCCCUGCCCCUCCCCUCCCCUCCCCAAACAUUAACCAAUUACUUUUUCUAUUUUAGUUUAACUCCACCCAGCCUCCCUACCUUUGGAAGAGCUGGGUGGAUUUUCUUUUAUCUGGGGUCCAGUGGGUCUUCUUGCAGGGAGGGAGGCAGGCUUGCAGACACUUGGGCGGCUAAUUGUAAUCCAGGCGCACGGCACUGGCGAGGGAGCACUGAUUAGUGAGCGGUCUCUGCUCAGCUCCCUCGUGCGCCGCAGAGUGAUGCCGGGAGUCUGAAUAUGAAGUCAGUGCCGCCUGGAUUUUUAGUUAGCCGAAUGCCGCCAGGCUAACAAGGUAUUUGCCUGGGCAUUUGGGGAUGGCAUUUUUUGCCUCCCCCUGGAAAGUGCCGCCCAAGGCAAAUGCCUUGUUUGCCUCACGGCAAAUACGUCCCUGGCCAACCCUAGACAUAUUGUACAUAUUCCCUAUGGCUGGGACAGUUCUAUGUAGAGUUUUAAAGCUCUUGCUCUCUGGCUUUUUAGGCAGUGUAACUCUGUAACUCCCCGAGAAAGGAAAACCAUCUUUAUUCAACUGUUAGGAUUAAAAAAGUGUAGACACCUCAACAGACUCACUGUGGGGAAACAUCAAAGUAUGCACAGGGACAUAUAAAUAGCAUUAUAAUCAUGGAUCUCAUACGCACUGUACUUUAUCAAGACCACUCAGGUCUAGCAGUCCUGGUAGAGUACAGCGUGUACAAAAUGUGCUGAUCAUAUGCUCCCUGGAAAAACUGUAAGAAUCGAGCUAUUCAGAUGUGACUAACUUUCCCCCCCCCCCUUCUAUUUUUUAAAUGCAACAUCCACAUAGUACAUUACGAAAGGGCGCAAUCUGGAUUGUACUUUAUGUACUGCUGUGUUUAUAUCAAGAUGUAGUAUUUUCUUGAUUUUUUUUUUUUUACUACUAGUAUUACAUUCACAGGAUUUGAAGCACAAACCAUUGCAAAUAAGGAAGCAGCGCAAAGAAAAGGAGGAAGAAGAGAAAAGGAUAAUUGAUUUAGAAGAAGCACAGUUCCAGGCUGAACAAAGGAAAGAGGCCAUCGAAAAAGCAAAGAUACAGCUAUUUUAUGAGAAUGACAGAAUCAAGACAUUCCAUGUAUGCUACUCUCUUCCUCUUUGCAUUAUUUAUGGCAUAUAGCCUCAUAAAAAGGACACACUAACCACCAUAACCACUACAGCUCUUUUUUGUGGUUCUGUUUCCAAGAGUCUAUGAGUACCUCUCAAAGUUUGUUCUCAAAAUCUUUUGUCUCUCCCCAACACACUGCACUUGUACUAGUAAUGCAGGAAUGACACAUGUCCAUUGUGUGCAUUAGCAUGUGCAAAUCUGUCCAUCCUCGGAUGCCAAUGAUAGAGUGUAGGUGGUAAGUGCACGUAGACUCUCUUCACUGGAGCCAUUACAAUGAACAUUAGUGGUUAUGGUGCUUAGAGUGCUCAAUUAAGGUUAAAUUUAAAAAAAAUCUGAAUAUAAAGGAGUAGUUUAGAAAACCCUUGUUUCCUCCAGGAUUGUUUCCAUGCAGAGGCCUACGUUUUGUAAAUGUGUGUCCUAUUUAUCACAGUCAUGGGAUUUGUACCAUCUCCAUAAGAGGCAGCAUCUACCAGUUUCAAAAUAUGGGUAUUCCUGCCCUACAAGCAACCUAAUUAUUUAAUUUUCAUUGGAUAUCAAGGGGUGUACGCUUCCAGAGUGUUUUAUUUUAUUUUUUAACAUUUGGCAUUACUCAGCUGAUUUAUUUUUUAUUUUGUGAAAAUCAGAAUAUUUGUGAUAUAAGUGUGUAUUGUAAUUCUACAAAAAGAACAGCCCUAAAAAUUGUGUCAGUACAAAUGUAUCAGUAUUAUUUCUUAUGGAUUUAUACUCUAUAGAGCGCACUUUUACUCACUGAAGUAAUGAAAGAACGAGAAGCUCAAAUAGAAUUAAAGACGAAAAUGAUGAAUAUGAGCAGCAAACAAGGGAGUAACUACCUGGAACAAACGCAGCGUGACCUGGAACAAAGCAUUAUGAAAGACCAGGCUAAAGCGCGAGAGCAAACCAUAGCUGCGAUGAAUACGACAAGCGAGCUACUAAAGCAGUAUGUGAAAGCUGAUAUAUUAUUUAUACCUAAAUUCUCUAUUAAAACACUUUUACAAUGGAUAUUGCUUUACUACUAAAAAGAAAGCCCCAUGCCACUAUUUUCAUGCUGUAUUUUUACUAACAAUAUUAUAAAUAUGUUGAUGUCAUCUGAUGAAAUAUCCCUUAUUAUUGUGGUUCAUGAUAACUGGGUAAAUUGGGUGGCACACAGGGAUUAUGAUUUUGGUAGCCAGUGGCUGUACUUUAGGCUGACAACCAGAAAUUGUGAGGUCUGUGUGGACCAUAUAUGAGGAGUGUAAUACUUUCAUUUCUAUAGAAUAAAUGUCUCUUUAACAUGAUUUAUGAUUAUCUCAUUAACCUCACCUUAAACAAGUAUUACUACUCAAGAUCAUUUUUAUUUUUACAAUCCUGAAGGUGUUAAAGGAACAUGUAGGUGUAUGGUUAUCAAGCCAAAUCAUAGAUUAGAAAAUGACCUCAGACUUCAGCAUCAUCAAAUAUAUAUUUAUACAUGUAAAAUGUAGUGCAUGUUUUUAAAUUUUUUUACAAUAUCCUUUUGACUAUGAUUUGGCUACUUUACAGUAUGGGCCUCUAUGUUAGCAGACUGUCAAUUCUAGAAUAUAACUAUUCCUCAGUUCAGCAGUCAAUGAACAUACAUAUACAAAUUAUCUGUCUGAUUUUGCGGCUUGGAAUAAAAGACCCUAUGGCAAAAUAGUCCUUAAAGUUACUCAACAAAUGUAAACACAAACACUUCAAGUGAGUCUGUAGCGCCUUUUCAACUUUGCUUAAAUAUCACAAAGAGUCUCUAGCCAACGGUAUUCCCAUAGCAACGGCAGCACAUCCACUGUGGUUGUUGUGCUUGGGAGAACAGACAGAGCACCUUUUGGAGGUCUUUUCUGCUUUCGCUUGUUAGUCAAAUCGUCGUCAAAGAGUAUAAACCAAAAAUAUGACUGAGAAGUCGGAGGAAAAAACAAUUUCUAAAAAAAAAAUUUUUUCUCUCCCAAACUAUACAUUUGCUAGCACACUAUAUAGACCAUAUCGAACUCUUUUUCAAAACAGAAAGCUAAAAAUACAAGCUAAUUAAUACAUGUAAUUAAUAGGUUGAAUGUUUUACUUUUAUGACCUAUGUUUAAAGAAGGUUUUGUUGCAAUAAACAUGGUUAUAUGAUCUUGCUCUGUAGUUAACUAAAAAAAUUUUGUUUUAUCAGGCAACAUUUUAAUGUACUUAUUAGUAGUCUUAAUUCAUAUAUGCAAUUUUACAAAUCAAUCUAACUUUUAUAUUUAAUUGUAUUUCCGUUUAGGAUUGAGGAACACAAGCGUCAGUCUGAAUUAGAGAAAAUAGCCAUGCAGAGGGAAGGUGUUGAGAUUGAAAGAUUAACUAGGCUGCAUAAUUUCGAAAUGAACAAGCUGGCAAAAAUGAAAAUGGACCAGAAAAAGCAAAUUAUGGCGGAACACCUUGUGAGUAAUACAUGAUCACAAAUAAUGAGUAUUAAAAGGGAAUAGGACUUUAUUUGUGUCAGGGAUCGCCAGCCAUUCACACCCUAUCUUUCCCUGGUGGUCAUCCAUGGUAAUGGGGGACAUGUACCACUGAUUGCACAGUCUCUCUUCCUUGAAUAUUUUUUUCUCAACCCGAAAAACAAAGGGCGCUGUUAUAGGACAUUAUAUCCCUGCAUUAUUUGUCUAAUUCAAUGAGCAUAUGAUAUGAUGAACUGAUGAGGGCACAGGUUUUCACUUCUCAUGUUUGACUACAAGUAAUAGUAAUAACUCCAGACCAGGCCACUCUACCUCCUCACCCCUGAAGGUAAAAUGGGGAAUAUGAUAAAUAACCAGCAGAAGGAGCCCAAAUAAAAUCUGUUUUAUGGAUCUUCCUUAUUACAACUCUGCCCUCUGCUGGUCUUUGUGUCCAUCUCCUUAUUAACUUGAAGUGCUCUACAAUAGUGGAUCCUCCUGGUGCCCUGAGUCUACAGAUUAACUGCCCUUUUUUACCCAUUGUUAAGACACAAACCCAAUUACACACCUGUCACUAAAAGCCUCUCAUCUUUAAUAAGGAAGAGGCAUUGACUACGUUGGCUUAUUGGAUAUAAAUUGUAUUAUUCUAUUCGAUAUAUUCCCAUCAGUCAGUGAUAGCUAACCUUGACACUCCAGAUGUUUGCAGAGUACAGGGCACCUCUUGCCAUGCAGGACAUUCAGGAAUGGGCGGGAAAUGUAUAUUUAUGUAUUAUUUAUUUAUAAAAUAUUUUACCAGAAAGGAUACAUUGAGAUUUCUCUCGUUUUCAUCCUGUAUAACAAACAGAUCACCUAAAAGUCAGAUUCCUCUCACUAUGCACACGGUGUUUAUUAUCUGAAUGUGCAAUAUGAUGAAGAUAUGUAGAAUGAAUAAUAGGUGUGAAUAAGCAACAGGUCUGUAUGUAAUUAAUCAUCAUGUUUCGUUUCACUCUUUGCCAAGGCACAUGUUGCAAACAGAAAUUAUCUCAGACAGCUUGAGUUGCUGAAGGAAAAAGAAAAUGAAGACAAGAUUCAACGUUUCCUUCUCGCAAAGAAAAAGAUGGAUAACCUGAAAAAAGAGAGACAAAACGAAAUAGUCAGGUGGGAAUAUACAAAUUCCAAGCAACCCACACGCAUGUUCUUCUCCUUGAAAUACAUACAACUUCACCACUUUUGGUGCUUUACAAGGAAUUAUCACAGGGAAAAACCAAACAAAAACACCCCAAAACAGAAUUAAAAAAUCCGUUAGUCAAUCCCAGCCUGUAACAAACAUUUAUUGUUUCCCUAGACCAGUGGUUCCCAACCCAGUCCUCGUGGAACCCCUGCCAGUCCAGGAUUCAGGGUGGUUUUAGAAAAAAAGAAAAACACCUUGGCCACAACAGAGUGAUCCCUAAAUCCUGGACUGGUAGGGGUUUCCACGAGGACUGGUUUGGGAACCACUGCCCUAGACUAAACAUUUCCUAUACGUGCUCCCAUUUAAAGGUACAAUCUGGUGAAAAUGUUAUUGAGGUCUUUUAAAAAGCUACUUUUAAAAUACAUUCUCAUUUAUAAAAGCCAUUUCCAGUUUUCCAUUUAAACUUCACUGUAAUGAAAAGGGAGGUUCUUAACCCCUUAAGGACACAUGACAUGUCAUGAUUCCCUUUUAUUCCAGAGGUUUGGUCCUUAAGGGGUUAAAGGAACUCUAUAGUCACCUAAAUUACUUUAGCUAAAUAAAGCAGUUUUAGUGUAUAGAUCAUUCCCCUGUAAUUUCACUGCUCAAUUCACUGUCAUUUAGGAGUUAAAUCACUUUGUUUCUGUUUAUGCAGCCCUAGCCACACCUCCCCUGGCUAUGAUUGACAGAGCCUGCAUGAAAAAAAACUGGUUUCACUUUCAAACAGAUGUAAUUUACCUUAAAUAAUUGUAUCUCAAUCUCUAAAUUGAACUUUAAUCACAUACAGGAGGCUCUUGCAGGGUCUAGCAAGCUAUUAACAUAGCAGGGGAUAAGAAAAUCUUAAUUAAACAGAACUUGCAAUAAAGAAAACCUAAAUAGGGCUCUCUUUACAGGAAGUGUUUAUGGAAGGCUGUGCAAGUCACAUGCAGGGAGGGUUCAUAAACAAAGGGAUUUAACUCCUAAAUGGCAGAGGAUUGAGCAGUGAGGAUGCAGGGGCAUGUUCUAUACACCAAAACUGCUUCAUUAAGCUAAAGUUGUUCAGGUGACUAGAGUGUCCCUUUAAGGAUUCAUUGUAAAACCUCACCUGAAAUUUAACCAUUUCUGGAUACCUUGUCUUCAUAAAGCCAGUACAGCGGAGAAUGUUAAAUUCUGGAUACUUUAUAUUCAGAAAGCCAGAAAUGUGCUGGAGAAUAUUCAUAGCACAGUUCUAGAAAGUGGAAGGAAUCUAGGAGAACACGCCAAGAUAGACUCUAACCUUCCUCUAUGUAUAACUUAAAACAGAAAAGAAUUACUUGAUAAAUAUCUCAAGAGAUUUAACAAAGUACAAGAGCAGAUGUUUUCCAUAUAGAGCAGGCAUAACCCGAGAAUGGAAUCUAGUAACACAAGGAAGAUCACUGAAAUAGUUUAAAUAACUAAAUAGAAUGGGUGUCUUUUUUUAGCCAGAGUAUUUCACUGUGGUACACCUGUAGCAAUCUACACCUGUAGCACAAAAAAGGUAAAGGCUUUUGAAAUGUUUAGUAAUGCAGUUUGUAUAUAAAUCAUUUUUCUGAAACCUGGUCAAUACAUCAAAUAUUCAUUCUUGUAUGUAAAAUAAAAUGUGGGUUAUCAAAGUAACAGUUUGCUCUGCCUAUAUUUUACAAAUCAGAAAAACCUUAGAACGCAGGGAUCAAAUAAGUAAACACCUGGCGCAACAGAUCAAGCAGAAAGAGGAUAACGAAGACGAGCGCAUUGAAAAGGCUGUUGCCCAACGGGAUGCGAAAAGCAAAUGGGAGACCGAUAAAAAGGAAGAAAAAAUAAGAGCAGAUAUAAAAGCCAUCACGGAGCACAGAAUUGCCAUGGUAAGUAAAACUAAAUUCCAAGAUGAUCCAUCACUUUAAUGAUAAUACCAGCAGGCACACAUUUACUGGGGCAUGGUUUUGCAAAAAAAAAAAAAGGUAGACCUGUCUUGAGGUGUAUCCAAGGGUUGCAAUAUUUAAGAGUUUGAGAAUCAGUCUAUUGCUGCACACAAAACGUUAAUCAGUUAUUUUAAUGGUACUGUUUAAUGGAUAUCCGAUAAUGUUAAAGGAUCACUCUCAUCGUCACAACAAUGUUGCAUAAUUGCAUGGGCAACCUACUCAGACAGAGGUUUAAAACUACAGAAUUAAAAGACUGUGUUAUCUGUAAAUUUAAAGGCUGUAUUCUCAUUAAGAGGGGGCAGUCCAGCAAUUCCCAUUGGAUAGCUGACUCAGAUAAUCUUAUUUGUUUUGAAGCAUUUCUUUAGUUAAAAUGAACUCCAUAGAGCCUGCAUGGUUAACUCUCACAUGGGUCUUGUGUUUUAAACUUUACUUUUACAGAUAGAAACGAGUUUCCAUGAUUUGUUUGUAAUUUAUCAUAGAUUGCUCGUUAGAUCUAUACUUUUCCUUAUCAGACUUGUGGCCUAAUCACGCUGUCUGAGUGAAUUUUUUUACAUUUUUUAUUAAGUUGAGAGUAACGUGUACAAUUUAUGCAAUACAUUUUAGGUAAAAACAUAUGAAGUCACAGUGGUAUCACAAUGGGGACAUUAAUUGGAACAAUGACUAAGUGGCAAUAGCUGUUGCCUCGGUGUUUUAUAGAAAUAGCCAGUGUUCGGGCCUCUGUGAUAUAAACCAUAUUAUGGUGUGGUAUCUCAAGGGGGACAAUCAGUGAAACAAUGACCAAGUGUCAAUAAGUGAGACCGGUACUAAGUGUCAUUAGUUGUAUUAAUUUUGUCGCCUAGUAUAUAGAAAGGCCAGUAACCGGGCCUCGGUGAGUUCAGUAAGUUAAUCUGGUUUACCAAAGGAAGUCCCUGGUGGUGCCAAUCGUUGGGUGAUCCCUCUGCUCUUUAGAUGAUCGUGGCUCUGUGGCUCUGGGUGCCGGUGUUAGUCUCUUGACUUUAUUACUGGACGACUUGCUCUCAAUGUGGUUGCUAUCACUUGGGCCCUCUGAUUCCUCGGAUCUCUUGGUAGGUGAGGCGAGUCUCUGUGUUGGUCGGGUGGACAGACCCACAUGUUGCAUGAAGAGCUCUGGAUCGUCUUCCGAAGUCAGUGUCAAACUCUCUCCCCCUAUUUCUGUUAGGAGGGAACCCUCCACACCCCAGCGGUAUCGUAUGCUAGAGUUUCGCAUUUUCCUUGCUAUGGGUGCCAGUUUUCUUUUCUCUGUGAGGAUGGCGAAAGGUAAGUCGGGGUAUAUUGUCACCUUGUGGCCCUCGUUAGAAAUCGCCCCCAUUUCCCUGGAUCGUGUCAUUAUAGCAGACAUGUCUUGGGUCAUCAUGAUGACGUCUCUAGGUGCUUCACUUGGUGCCACCGCCAAUUUCCGCACACGGAAUGCCGAGGAGACCCGUGGCCUGUCCUCUCUGCCCCCAAUGCCCAUGUUUGUUAUGAGGUUGAGAAUAUAGGGCAGGAGCUGCUUGUUGGUCACUGUUUCAGGUACCCCCCUGAGACAGAGAUUUUUUCGCCGGUGUCGUGCCUCAAUAGUGGUCACUGUGCGUCUCAGUUGACACACCUGAGAGGUAAGCCCUUCCAGGUGAGUGUCCGUAGCUCGGAGUGUGUGUGUGUUCUCUGGCUGCUUCCAGUUCUUCUAGGUUGUGAACUCUUUGUCGCACCACCUCCAUUUCUGUCUGGACUUUUUUGAGGUCGGCUCCCCAGAUUUUCCUCAGUUCUGCCAGGAGUCUCUUUAUGUCCCCCUUUGUGGAGGGUGUCUCGUCCUCCUCCAACUCUGAUGAGCAGGAUGGGGUUUCCGAUUGAGGGGAGGGUAGUGAAUCCCCUUCGUCUAGCGAGGCGUCAGAUGCCGCGUGUGUACAGCGGGCCUCAGGCGCCAUCUUUGUGGUCUGUGAGAUUGCUGGCCACUCGAAGGAGACAUGUAUAUCUGGCUGGCAGGGAGGGGCUGGGCUUGGGCCUUGAGCCUUCUAAUUUUUUCACCCCAUCAUCUCGGUUGGAGGGGUGUCUGUGUCUCGGUCUGUAUCUCUGCGUUAUUCAUGGCUUUUUGUUGAUUUUGUUUCUAGGCCGAGCGGAGCUCUGCUAGUAGAUGUCCGCUCGGUAUCGCUGUUGGCCACGACCCCUGUCUGAGUGAAUUUAAUUAAAGUUUUGUUUGUUCUCAUAGGUGCAAGCGACUAAAUGUUUCUCGCCAGGAUCAAGUAGUCAUUGCAAUCCAUGGCUCUACUAAUAACGAUUCUCUGGUUAUUACAAUUAAGGCCAGAGGUUUUGUAACCGCUACUGGUUCCCUUAUUUACCACUAUAACAUCUUAAAGCAUAGAACUUAGUAGGGCUAACCAUACAGAUAUCUUAGCGAUAAUUUUAUAUAGUUAGUAAAUGAGCCUCUAUUUAAAAAAAAUAUAAAUAAUUGAGAAUACAAUAAAAAAUAAGGAUUGUCUUGGAAGCAAUAAAGUUUUGUCUUUUUGAUAUUUAUUAAAUAAAUAUAGACAAAAUCCAUUGCAAUAAUUUAUAGCAGAGUUUAAGAUUAAACUAAAUGCUUGCAAAUAUCAUUAAUAGGUUAACAUACCCUCCUGACCAUGUCAUCAUGUCAGUCUCUGUCAUUUUAAGAUGGAGCAGCAUCUGUCUCCAAGUCUCUCCUCUGUCUCUUAACAUUUAAAAGUACACCUAUUUACACCUUAGGUGUCUCCAUAUUAGGGUUACCGUAGUUCAUUUACUUUAUUCAUUUUAGGACCUCCCUUAAUUUGGCAAACAUACAAGGCCAUAACUAAAGAGUGCAUACAUCAAGGAAAUUUUCCUGACUUAGUUCAAGAUGGCAUCUUAAAGUCUGAACAUCCUUAUCUACUUAAGGUUACCACAGUAGAUUACAUACUGAAAGCGUAGUAGCAUAGCCUUGAAGCUUGUUUAUGCAUUAUUGUAAUUCGUCUGGGACAAAAUGGCGCAAACAUAUUAUGCACUGUAGGUAGUUAAGAGGUUAUUGCUUAACCCCUUAAUGACUGAGCCAAAUUUACACGUUGUGAACAAAACAAAACGUAAACCAAACCUGGCAUUUGUGAUACAUGUCUGUCCAACUGUAAUUCACCUCUUUCAUAUUAAAUGCACCCACACUUAUUAGAUAUCAUUUUAUUAAGGGGAAACAGGGCUUUCAUUUAAUAUCAAAUAUUUAGCUAUAAAACAUAAUUUAACAUGAAAAAAAUGGGAGAAAAAUUAUUUUUUUAGUUCUACAUGACAUUUUAACUGUCAAUGUCAUAAUACUGUUUGCUUUUACUGCAAUAAAAUAUACAUUUGUAUUCAGCGAUGUCUCACGUGUAAAACAGUACCCCCUAUGUACAGGUUUUAUGGUGUUUUGGGAAGUUACAGGGUCAAAUAUAGCACGUUACAUUUGAAAUUGAAAUUUGCCAGAUUGAUUACGUUGCCUUUGAGACUAUAUAGUAGCCCAGGAAUUAAAUUUACACCCAUAAUGGCAUACCAUUUGCAAUAGUAGACAACCCAAGGUAUUGCAAAUGUGGUAUGUCCAGUCUUUUAUAGUAGCCAUUUGGUCACAAAUAGUGAUGUGCCAAACGGUUCGCCACGGACUUAUCAUUGAGUAAACUUUGACCCUGUACCUCACAGUCAGCAGACACAUUCCAGCCAAUCAGCAGCAGACCCUCCCACCUUUUAGUCGUUGAACGGCGAACCGUUCGGGACAUCACUAGUCACAAACAUUGGCCAAAGUUAGCGUUAAUAUUUGCUUCUAUGUGAAAAAUGCAAAAAACGCCAAUUUUGGCCAGUGUUUGUGAGUAAGUGGCUACUAAAAAAGACUGGACAUACCCCAUUUGCAAUACCUUGGGCUGUCUACUAUUGCAAAUGGUAUGCCAUCAUAGGGGUAAUUUUCAUUCUUGGGCUACCAAAGGGUCUCAAAGGAAACGUAACCAAUCUGGCGAAUGUGAAAAAAAUGAAACAAGCCUUAGUUGACGCUGUAACUUUUGAAAACACCAUUUAAAAAAAAAGGUACAUGAGGGAUACUGUUGUACUCGGGAGACUUCACUAAACACGUGUGUUUCAAAAUAGUAAAAAGUAUCACAGCAAUAAUAUCGUCCGUGUAAAUGCUGUUUGUGCGUGAAAAAUGCAAUAAUGUCACUUUUACUGGCGAUAUCAUCAUUGUAAUACAUUUUACUGUUUUGAAACACUAAUAUUUGUGUUCAGCGAAGUCUCCCGAGUAAAACAGUACCCCCCCCAUGUACAGGUUUUAUAGUGUCUUGGAAAGUUAUAGGGUUAAAUAUAGUGCUAGCAAAUUAAAUUCCCUAUACUUUCGGCAUGGGUUGUCAGGCAGGUUCCGCUAAUUAUAAUUAAUUAAGAUACCUAAUUAUGUAAAAAUAUUUCAUAAAUAUAUAUGUAGAAUUAGUGUGUGUGUGUGUAUAUAUAUAUAUAUAUAUAUAUAUACAUACACUUUUUUAAAUAUUUUUAUUUAUAUAGGUAGUGAUAUAUAUACAUAUUUAUGUAUAUAGGUUUAUUAUGUCGUUCUACGUGUAAUUUGAUAUAAAUAUAUAUAUAUUAUCACAAUACAGUUAGAACGAAAUAACCCAUCUAUAAAUUUAAUUACUUAUUUUUAUUUUUUAACGUAUUUACAUAUAUAUUUAUAUAAAAAAAAAAUUUAAUCAGUAUCAGUCUACAUGUAAUUUGAUAUAUAUAUUAAUAGUAAAAUAUACCUGUGUGUGUGUGUGUAUGUGUAUAUAUACUUAGAUCAUGGGAUCGCUAGCAACCGGGUAAGUAAAAAAAAAACCGUGGGGGCGUACUAUUACGCCCUGCGGCGUUUAGAGCCGCUUAGAAUAGGGCGUAAUAGUACACCCUCCGGUUUUAAGGAGUUAAAGAAACAGUUAUGAAAAACCAAUAUGUUCUUUGCAAUAUCUCAAAGACAAAGUACACAGUUUAGAAAUACAACAUUUCAUUCUAAAACUUAGGGGCAAAUACAAAUAUUUUUAGAACAACAGUUUUGCAGUUAAUCUUUGUAACUGUUGUGGCCACAUGUAGUAAGUGUAAUAAGAAUAACGGCCGGUUUACACUUUCUACACCGAAUGUCUACAGGUGUUGCUACAGAAUCUGUUGCGUGGAUAUUCUAACCAGACCCAUAGUAUUUAGGGCUUACAUUGAAUUUUGCUAGUCAUUUGGACACGGGUGUAGUUUAUAGGUUCCCUUCCUGUGCUACAUAUUCUGUUAUGUAAAUACUCACAAUUAAGGGAAUUGCUAGUCUUGCAAUUCCAUUCCAGUAACAAGUAUGUGACUAAGUUUGAAACUGAAGAAAAAUGUCAUAAUUAAAAUGGUUUCUUCUAUAAACUAAAUCAAGCCUUAAACUGUAGUUUAAAAUCUCACUAAGUAAAAGGAAGUUAAAUUGGUAAAAUAGCCUCUCUUAUCUAUUAUUAGGGUCAGGGGGAGUUAAUCUCCACGGUUAAGAUAAAUUAUGGAAAAUAUAUAUUUUUUAAGAUACCUAGAUAAUAAAAAAAACUCUGGAGUAAAACUAAUUUUAAUGUAGGAAGUGGCAAAGUUGUAUCAGUAGUUUAAAACUGCAGUAACAUAGGAUAUUUUGUCUUAGGCAAACUACCGUACAAUAAGUGUUUCUUCUUAUGGUGCCAGGACUUUUUUCAGCUUUUAAAAAAAUAUUUUCUGGAGAUAACUGCCUCCCUUCACUGUCAGUCAGCCAAUACUCUCUUCCUGGCUGGAAAUAUGUUUUGUGCAUCACUCCCAUCUGGUCUUAGUACACAAAGCAUGCUAACCACAGACAUAUUGUAAACCAAUAUUAUUUGGCAAAAAUGGUCAGAUUGUUAAAAUUCCUAUAUAAAUUUUUUUUUAUUUUUUUUACACCUGCUCUGCAGUCAUCUCAGAGAUUUGCCAUCUUCCAUCUAGAUAUGAGUAUGGAUUAGGGUUGCAGAUCAAUCAUGAUUUUUAGGACAUAUAACUAACACGCCGAAGGGCAGGGCACGAAAAGCACUGCAAUAUAUAGUAUUGAAUGAAUUUGUGUUAUAAAAUAAGUGAUGUGUCCCUGAAAACAUGGUGACCUGGACCCAAAAGGUCAGCAUAUAGGAAGACUUGAGAACCAGAAUGGAUAUGGAUCAGUCAUACAAGACCAUGCAGUUCUGGGAGCUAAUCUUCUCCUUAGAUGUUCUAUUUAUCUCUUUUUUAAUAUAUGUUUAUUCAUGCAGAAAAAGAAACAGGAGAUGGAAGAAAAAGAGCAGAAGUUGAAUGCUUUGCAAGCUCUGCAUGCCAUCAAAGAAGCAGAUAAUCUCUUCCUUGCACAGAAGAGAGAAAACCAAAGGAGAGCUGAAGAAGAUGAGAAGAUGACACAGACAGCACAGAUUCAACAAAUUGUAAGAUAUCUAGCAUCUAUAAUGCCAGCAGAGCUAAUGGGAGGAGGGCUUGAGCGUAAAGGAACAUUCUGGACCAGGGGGUGGGAUCGUGGGUUUUAGGCCUCUGUUCCACACCCUAGAGGCAUACAAACUACAGUCCCAUGCCAACAGUAAGUUGUAUACAUCCUGAAACAACGCAAGCACACACUGAAGACUAGAUACCAGAAACCUGACCAUAUGACCGUGAACCAAACAUGACCAAUAACUAGUUCAAUUAAGGCUUGAAGGUCUGCCUGUCGUGUACUAGCCCACUCUGCAGGCUCUGAACCGACAAUCAAGAUAUGUAAUUGAACUCAGCCUUUACCGGUAUACUCUAAGUUCCCAGAAAGAUACACCCUUGAACAGACCCGUUACAUAGGUUGACGCGUGAGAGGUCAUAUAGUAUUCACAUAAAGUGAAUUGUUGAAGCACUCCAUGCCACAUGGAGUUUGAGGUCAGUGUAUUCUUUAUGCAAGUUAUCCCCUGCAUCGUUUAUAUGCAUUGUACCUUUUGACGCAAGCUGAAUUAUACUGUAUUGGAAUAUGACAAAUCCAAAAUAAAGACAAAAAAAGGAACAUUCUGGACAUUGAGAUAAUGUUAUGGUACACAGUGUUCCUAUAAGGAGGCAGGCAUGAAUUCAUUCUUUAUCUCAGUCUCCCCAAUGUUUCUGAUUUUAAGCUGGACAAAAAUGGCUAAAAGAUCUCUGGGCCAAGAAACAAAAUAGAAAACUCAAUGCGGUUUAUUUACUGAACACGAAAUUAUAAUGAAAGUCAUAGUGCAUUUAAUCUGGGAAAGAUUCUCCAACUCUGAUUUAGUCACAGCUUGACUAUUUUACCAUACAUCUUGAGAUAAGAGACUACCACACAAUAAUAGUGGAUUUAUUCACAUAGAUUGGAGCAUUACUCAGUUUCAUACUGAUCCUCAAAAUUAAAUCUUUUGUGUGUGUAUAUAAAAUCUCACUGUCCUGGCGUUAAAUGUAGGGCUAGAGCCUUUAGCCACAUUAAAUUGCAGCCCAUAAGCAACAACUGUAGCACUCUGAAUAAAGACAACACCAAUUGACCAUUCCUCUGGUCAGCUGUGUAUCCUGGGAUGACAUCUGAAAUACACAAACACCAUAAAUGAUCAUUCACAUGCUGCUGUUGAGGACUCACUUGUCAGGAGUCAACGGGUUUUGCUCUACUAAAAUCCAAAAUUCAGUGACUUCUAAACCAUUGAGUGACUGUCCUACUUCCUGGUCUGUGCCUCCGUUGCUUUUAUUUGCAGGCAGCUCAGCUUUCUUUUGGCCGUUUAAAACCUAGACCCACAUUAACUCUUAGACUAUGCAUUCACAUUUCUAAACUGGUAUUGUGAUUUUAUUGUUUUAGGCUGAGAAGAUGACCAACUCUCAGUUGGAGAAAGAAGCAGAAGUCAACUAUGCUAAGAAAACCAAUAUCUUACUCUCAAAAGAGGAAGAGAAUUUUCAAGAGUAUGCAAAGCAAGUGAUUGAUUCAGUCUCCAAAGCUGGCAGAAACCCAUAUCCACUUGUAAAAGCUGCUCAGAAAGGAACAGGUGGUGGUCGUGGCCCCGUUUUCUCAGGUCGAGGAGGAAUUCGACCUAGUUACCUAGUCCAGGACACCAGCGGGGUUCAGUUACCUGCUUAUAAGAAGGAUUCCACUCAACAAAUUAAAGAGAUCUACGAUUCUGGAGAUAUCCAAAAAGGAAAGACAAAGCUUGGAUUUACAUGGUAGUAUGAAACCGCAAUAGAAAGUCUUCAUAAAAGAAUGAAAUGUUAAACCUAAUUUUUGACUCUCUUUGCCUUUUAUUCUACUAAUGUGUACAAGUUUAGAAGCACAGACUACAUUUGAACACAUUGUUUAUUAAUUGAGAGAUAAUCACCUGAACUCUUGCAUUAAAUAAAUCCAUAGUCCUGAUAUUUACAUUUUAACAGCUGUAAUUCUAAUUUAGUAAAAAUGGUUAAUCUUUCAAUAGCAUUAAAUACAAUAUUUAUCUUGUUACAGCAGGAACAGAUGCUUAUAUUUAUAUGAGAUGCAGUAGGAAUUUGGGAAAAUCUAGCGUGUGAAUUUGUGAUGUGGUAUAUGGGAUGUAAUUGUAUGGGGAGUGAGAGGGGUGCAGUUUUAGAAUUUAUUUUAUCUUAAUUUAAAAAUGUUUUAUAGUUUCCUUGCUGCUUUUAACCUUGGGCCCGGGAGGGGGAACAUGAAGAUCUCUAGAGGUCGGUGAUUGAGAGCACUGUGUUGUAUUGGAGCAUCCCCGUGGUAAUCAGUGGCAGCACUCUUAAUAGUCAGGGCUCACUUAAAGAAUAGUCUGCACCCAGCGGAGGUACAGACUCGCGUUUCCCAGGCACACUAGUUAAUCUGUUUUGACCCACUUUUUUAGCAAAGAAAAAUUAAAACCCCAAAACAAUCUACUAUGGACUUCUAUUUGUACACAUUCUGCACAAUUUGACUUCAUGAAACAAUGAAUGAAAGUACACUUCAGGCUUUUAAUUGAAAUAAGAUUUUAUUAAUAGAAUUAACCUAGCAGACCACAGGGAAUUUGCAUAAAAUGCCCUUUUAAUGCCUUUCUAGAAAGUAGCUAAAAUAUUACAGUACAGCUUUAAAAGUUUGUGUAUGUGACAUUUCCUCUUUAAUGUCUCACUAUUCACAUUUGAGGAUCCCUUGCACAUCUCAGCAUUGCUUUACCUACAAAUACAUAAGGAAAAUUUGUAUGGCACUAAAGAGAUACAGCAAUUGUACACCAAAAUUAUAUGCACCUCUGUACACAUUAGGAUUGUUCUUGGAUCCUCAUCUACUAGGGAAAUCUGAUUAUCUGUGGGAAAAAAAACCAAUAAAACGAGACACUAGAAGACCGCUUUAACCCCAUUGAAGAAUUAUAUAAAACCACCAGCAAGUCAGAAAGAACAAGAUUAGCAGUAUUACACAUCACAUCUAAACUUUAAAAGACUAUUCCCGAAAGAGGGAACCAGGGGUUAAACACUUUUUUUUGCAUAUUACUCAGGUUAAGCCGCUGAACAACGACGACAGAAAAAUCAGAUUAGUGUUCGUAAUAUAUUUUUUUUCUUCCAAAAAAACACAAACAAAACUUGCACCCCUGGUUACUACCAAUAAGGCCCAGUGCAGGUUUAAAAAAACAAACAAAAAAAAAAAACAUACACUACACCAGGACUUCGUAUUAUAAAAUAUAAAAACACUGCUUUUACUUACACAAUCCAAUAAAACGUUGACAUUUCAGCUCCCAACUGAGAGCUUUCAUCAAGACAACAAACCUUUGUUAUUGUCCUGAUGAAAGCUCUCAGCUGGGAGCUGAAAUGUCAACAUUUUAUUGGAUCGUGUAAAUAAAAGCAAAGUUUUAUAUUUUGUAAUACUAAGUGCCUGGAGUGCGUUUUUUCCUUAUCUAAGAACUGGUUAGUCCUUGCAACCUGAUGCACCUCUUAUCUGUAAGUCGCCCGUGAGACCACUCUUUGGUGGUAUUGUGUGUGGGGGUGGGGGUUGUAACAUUUGUUAAUCAUUACAUUCCACUUGGCUAACAGCAGUCACUGUGCUGUUCCAAACCUAGUUGGGCCACAUUAAAAACUGAAGUUGUUACCCUCUCUUACAUAGUCAUUGAAGAAUUUGUUUUAACAGGAACAGUUAUAGUUUAAAUAUCACCGUUCGACAGUUGAACAGUAUCCAAAUCAGACACUACUUAAAAAACAAAAACUCUUUAGUUCAAUUCUCUUUAAUUCCAUCCAUACCCCAGUUAUUGCAAAAUCCAUAGAGCAGCCGUAUUAUACUUUACUACAAGGGUUAAAGAGUUAAUCCAACCUUCUUGAUCAAGUCUGCUUUUAGAGGUGGUCAUUAAUCAAGCAACAUGUAUGUGCAGCGUUUCAACUUAAACACUUCUUAUACAGAGUAAUCUUUGAUUUUGUUUCUGGGUGUAAUUUCACCUACAACCAAGGCAGCCAGUAACUGUUCUGGACUGCCUAAUCUAAUGUGAGGUCUGUGCCGCUGCCCGCUGGUGACUGACAUAUUCAGCUUCUUCCCUUACAGGCAAUACUGUGAACGUGCCAGCAAGACUAAGUCUGUUAGGCUAUAUGCGCACACGGUCUGUCUCAAUCCAAAUCUCCCCCCCUUCCAUAAUGCCAAUAAUCAAUCUCUUCCUAACGCCUCCUCGCAAAAUAUCAAAUUGGUCCCUACAACUCAAUUUCCCAGCCCCUUGUCUACUGGUGAACAGGCACAUGUGACAAAAACAAAGUUAUGGUAAUUUGUAGAACUUAGCCUGGUGCUAGAUUCUGGGUAAGUUUUUAAAAAACAAUUUAAAAACAAUUAUUUGGGCAUUUCUCUUUACGAGCGAGUAACUAAAGAGAAAUACAAUAUAAUUAAAAUUACAAUAUAACAAAAUUAUAUAAUAGAGGUGGAGUAACCCUUUAACCCCUUAAGGACACCUGACAUGUGUGACAUGUCAUGAUUCCUUUUUAUUCCAGAAGUUUGGUCCUUAAGGGGUUAAUGACCAUCAAGACAGCAGCAUGGCACUAGUAAAUCCAAAAUGGGUUCCUUGCUUUCUUCAAAUAUAGCCCUAUAAAUACAAAUAAUGUGAUGAAUACAGUGUACAAGAGUCACAUGGUUCACACCCUAGUAGGAAUUCAUGUUUAAAAGCCUUCACAUGUCUGAUGCACACAGUUUUGGUAAAUUAAAUUCAAGAAAGUGAAGCCACAACAAACAGUGGACAAAAAAAAAAAAAGUAUCAACCAAAGCAUCUAAAUUAAGUUUCACUUUGAUUAAAAACAAACAACUACAGUUAUAAACCAUUAAUCAUUUACAAUAAACAAAACAUGUAUAACUUCACAGAACAGUAAAUCACGGGUAAUCAUCAAGUCAGUCUGAUACGAAGGGGUCAUUUACCACAAAGGAAUUCACUGCUUGGAAGGCCUGUGUAGAGCAAAAGAAAGAACUGUGCCGCAGCACUGGGUUAAAUAAACACAAACCACAAUAAUAGAUCUUUAAUAACUAUAUUAUGAUGUCAAGAAAACACACACGCUGGAACUGAACAUUCUUCUCUAGAAUGCAUUACAUACCCAAACAAGGAAGUAGCCAGUCAGGACCCUGUAUUGGUCUUCUGACUUUUCAAAACGCAGACUUAAUCACUAAAAUACAGGCACAGCAAAGCUUUUUGUGCAGAGCAGGAAUUUUUUACAGUUGUAUGGCUUUUUUUUUUUUUUUAACUAAUGAAAUUAAAUGAAAAAAUCUGCAACUCCCAGAAAAGAUUGCUGUGAUUCUAAGGAGAUGCACAACUUUGUAACGGAAGAAGCAAGAGUGUUUGGGAGAGACAGAAACUUAGCUGUGACAUCACAUACACAGGUUCUAGUAAGCAGCAUACAGCAUUAUUUCAAUGAGAAGGCCCUGGGGCAGAGUAGACAUGGUUAAAAGAAUGCUGCAAAACAUUCAAACUAUACCUAAUUGAACAUGUUGGCGAAAAAGCAAACAAAACAAAACCAUUUAGGUCAAAAGCUAUAAAAUUUAUAAAAGCUGUGUUGGCACCAAAAGAUUAGUGUUGGGAAAAAAAAAAAAAAGACAACCAGUUUCAAAUUGUUUGCAAAAAUUCACAGUUUAGUAAAUAUAAAGAUGUCCAAAAUUAAUCAAGACUGUUCACUAACCAAAUAAGGCUGGGGGAAUUAGUUUUCAAUUAAACCCAUCUCUGGAAUAGUUUGUCAUAAUUGUUCAAGAAUUAUAAAAUUUGGCAAAAAAGAAAACUCUAAAAGACACACAUUUUAAUAUUUAUAAAGCGCCAACAAAGUCUACAACGCUGUACAGUAGGUGGACUUACAAACAAGUAGUUGUAACAAGGCAAGUUGAAAUAAUAGUACUCACAGGUUCUGGCAUGGAAAAAAAAAAUCCUGUUAGCACAUACUGGAAGAUCUCCACAAAUAAUCUAAGAUUGAUAUUUAUCAGUCAAUUUUGGAGCAGAGUUGUAGAACAAAAACAAUCACCAUGGAACACAAAAGAAUGCUUGUGAUGUUUUGCUUUGCUUUAAAGGGAAGUUCAGGACAUCAGGAAGAUAUCAUUAGUAUUAUAAAAUAGUAAAGAAAAAGUCACAAAAAAUAAUAGGUAACUAGCACCUUAAACAUGCAGUCUAACAUACAUAACCACUGCAUCAUUUUUGUAGUGGUUAUGGUACUAGUACACUGCAGGUGCUGCACCCCAGGUUCUGGGUCAAACUGUUUGGAUAGCUUGGCAAAAACCUGUAUCGGGGACCCACAGUUUCAGUCAAACCAAUCAAAAGCAUUUUGAUCACAAACCAGGGAUGUGCCCGCAGCCUAAUAAUCCCUUACCCACUAAAGAAUGUAGUAAUUAUAAUGCAGAGACAGACUGCCAAAUUCAAGGUAAACCACUCUACACUCUAAAUACCACAGAACAAACUACUGGAAAUGUAAUGUUACGUUAGGCCACAGCCCUGAAGAUGUAGAGAAAAUUCAGACAAGUUUAACAGCAAGAUGCUAAUCAAAGACGGAGUUUUCAACUAGUCUAGCAUUUUCUGCAUCGAUACAGUUCCUUAUCAAAUUACAAACUUACUCCAGAGUAGUAUAACGAUUUGACCUAAUGAUACCACAGGGCAUUACAUGGCAACCCUGGAACUAACUGAAAACAAUAACGCAGUAUUGCAAUUCAUGUGUUUAAUAACCUUUCACAUGCAUGGGGGUGUGGGUCUAUACACACAUUUUUAGAUAUUUCUGUAGAACUUUCCCUUUGACCCCUUAAGGACCAAACUUCUGGAAUAAAAGAGAAUCAUGACAUUUCGCACGUGUCAUGUGUCCUUAAGGGGUUAAGCAAGUAGAGCAGACACAAAUCAGCUUCAACAUAUGUACCCUGAACAUACAGUAGUUUAUGGAAAUACAACACUUACUAGUUAACACCUCAGGAAACGUGCACCAUAUUUAAGCAGUUGUUCAUUUUCAUCCAGCAAUUAAACUUAUUUAGUGCCAUAAUGUUUUCUAAGAUCACAAUGAUUAGAUUAAAUACAUCAUUGAGAAUGGAUGUCUGCAAAGGUGUAACUUGUGUUUCUGUACAGGAAGGAGAUCUAUAUAAAAACAGUCGUAAUUCUAUAGUUUCACAACAGUUUCAAUUAAAAAACAAAAAAACAAAAAAAAAAAACAUAGGUAAGCACUCAAUCAUUUCCCUAAAUAGUACUGGAACUGAGAAUUUAGCACUUUGCCAAGCACUGUAAUUACUGCAUGUCAAUACAGAACUAUAUAAGCCUAAACAAAGCAUGAUUUCAGUAUUUUAUUUUAAAACAUAAGAGAUUUGGAUAUACACAUGCAUUUUCUGAAACAAAACAAAACCCCUUUCGUUUCAGCAGCUAAAGUGAUAUACAGAAAAACAAGGACUUAAUUUUAGGUUUUAACAAAGUAUUACACCUAAAUUCUUUUUCAUUGAAGGUUUAUUAAAACUUCAGCAAUACAAACGUUCCAUAUUGAGGAUUAUCAAAAAAGGGAAAAUAAGUCCAAAAAAAAAGUUACAAUUUUAAAAUAAAGAAUGUCCCUCAGUAUACAUCUCCCUAACAAAUAUCAACAGAAAAGGGAAACGAGAGUAUUUACAUUUCAUUUUUCAUUUUUACCAUCAACACUUCUAGGACUAGAUUCACUAUUUAUUUUCUUUUCCUUUGUUUGAGAAUUAUCCCGAUCUCUACUCCUGGAUUUUUGGUUGGUUUCCUUUUCACGAGACGAUCUUGGUGCCUUUUCUCUAUCUCUACUUCUGCGAGUCGAUCUUUCCUCCCUGUCAUUACCAUGUACUUUCUUGGAGUCUGGACUUUUAUUACGAUCUCUGCUUGUUUUUCUAGCCCGUUUAUUCUCUGGGCUACUACUCCUAGAAUGCCUUCUUUUGUGGCUUUCAUGAUUUGUGGACUUUCUCUGUGAAUUUCUGUCAUCUUUUCGAGAGGAGUCUUUGUUCUUGCUUUGACUUGAAUCUCGAUUUGAAUCCUUGGAUUCGUCCCUAUCCUUGUUUUCUUUAUUUCUGGAUUUAUCUGGUGUCCGCUUUCUAUCGCGACUCCUGGAUCGGCCUCGUCUUUUAGUUUCUCGAUCCCUGCUUCUUGCACGGUCUUUACUUCUAUUGCGGUUAUGGUCUCUGCUUCUUGACCUGGCCCUCCUGUUAUUGUCCCUGCUUUUGCUCCUCUCUUUACCUUUACUAUUGGAACGAGGCCGUGCUCUUGUAGAGUCCCGCUCCUUACUUCUUGAUUUUCCAUGCUUCUCUCUUGAUUUUUCGCGCUCUUUGCUUUUACUUUCUGCUCUCUCACUUUUCAGAGUGCUGUGUUUAGACCUUUCCUUACUUCUGCUCCUAUCCUUGUCUUUUCCUUUGUUAUUACUGUUUUUAUCUUUUUCUUUCCCUCUCUCAUGAUUCCGAUCAUUGCUUUUGGAUCUUGCCUUUGCAUCAUGCCUGCUGAGUUUAGCAUCUUUGUUACUUUUGGAAUUUUCUUUACUUUCACUUCGGCUUCCCGAUUCUGUCCUCCUCCUACCCCUACUUUUGUUUUGUUUUUCUUCCUUAUCGUCUUCUUUUUUGGACUCGUGGUCUUUGCUGCUUGAUAUGUCUUCUUUAGGUUUCCUAUCUCGAUCCCCUCGUUUCACAGGACUCUCAGAAACUGGUCUUUCAUCAGUUGGUUUAUGUUCUCUUUCUGGGCUUUUCUGAUUGUCUUUGUCAUUUAAUUCACUCCUAGAAAGAAAAAGAAAAAAAAAAAGUUAUUUUUUUUAAACAAAAUUAUACAUACACACACACACACACACCUCAAAUGAUCUAAGCUUAAUUCAGAAACAUGGUUUCAUACUUCAGAGUAUAUAAAAUACAGAGCAAUAUUUCCAAUUAAUGUGUUGCUCUUUAACAAGUUUAAACAAAAUGCCUCACACAUACACACACAGGAGCCAAAUAAACUAACCAGUAUACACUACCUCCUCUAAUUCCAUGCAUGCACCGUGAAUUCGUUGAUGACAGUACAAAUCACAGAUAAGCUUUGUGAGCCCUUUUCGUCUUUAUGGGCACCACGACACAUACUCUGCUUAAAGACAUCUAUGCCACAUAAAGAACAUGCUGUAGGUUGUAUGCUUUGAGCAUCCUACUGGAUUAGCUGAAAACCCUGGGUAUUUGUUAUUUAUAAUUGGUGGAGGUAUACACAAUAAACGGAAAUCUUCAGGAUUACGCACUUGUCUCCUUUGAUCCAGCGCUCCCCACUAGAAUAUCGCAUUCUUUGGGUCCUCUGCAUUUCUUGCCUCCAGUGUGGGGGUGUCUCACUUCUCCUAAAGCGAUCUCUGGAUCUAGAUCUGGACGGAGUUCGGUACCGCUGGGGGAGAGGAAAAAACUAUUAAAUAUGGAUGCAUAAUAGGUUCCCCACCCCACAUAGCUAAAGCAAUGAUCAACUUGUUUACCAUUUGUGUUCUAUUGAAAAUUAUAUGCUUAAAAACCAAGACUACUUGUAAAAUUCUAUUUUUAGAUAAAAACCACAUUUCUUACAGAACACCACACCAUGUUGCUUAACUACAUUUCCUAGGAUUCUAAUCCAGUUUAUUUUUUAUAUAUUUACUUCUACAAGAAAAAUUUUAAUUGAACUUUAGUUUGAAAAUGACACCUUUGAAUAAAACUGACAGUGUUCCUAUCUUGAACAGAAUUUACAUCACACUUUUUGUGCUCUAGAAGAAGCAGCAAUCACAACCUGUGCUAAAACAGAUUACUCAUGGACAGCACUAGUACACUCCUGUCCCAAUAACCACUACAUGGUGUUGAAUUAGGGUUUUCCUUUAAAAAAAAAAAAAAAUUAAAAUAAAGUUUCUUCAUGUGAUAAUUCAUUUUCAUUUAAAAUGUACAUUAAAGAAUUAGUGACUGAUCUAAGCCAGAAAACACAUUGUAAAUAUGGUGAUAAAAAAAAAAUCUUAAUAAAUUGCAUAAAUAUUUACAGAAAAUUUGACAGAAAAGUGACAGUGGCACUUUGAUAAAUCCAUGGCUUUAUUUUAACUCAACUCUAUACUCUCAGUCCAAUGCAAAGAGCAGGGCUUGUAAUAAUGACCGACAAGGAAUCAAGAUUGAAGAGGCCAGUUUCAGAAUACAGAGAAAUACAACUGUAUGGAUAUUUUCAUGCCAAUUAACAGUUUGCAGCAACAACAACAAAAAAAAAAGUUUUUUUUUGUUUGUUUUUUUAAUAUAACCAUCGUAGGAAGGAAGAAUUCCUAUUAACUGGAAGAGAUGCUGGGAAAAUAACAGCUACACAUUUCUUCUCUACAAUAUUACACUUGGCAUUUAAUUCUUCAACAAAGAUUAUAAAAAAAAACUAAAAAUAAAAACUUGGCAUAUAAUUAUGUUGUACUAAAUAAAAUGUAAAAGACAUUGAAAGAAGGGAAAGAACACCUUUAAGGGUACUUACUCUGGGACCCCUCCCUUUGAUUUUCCGUCCAGACCUGGUUACUAGAAGUCUCCUCUGAUAGAAAGAAGCCUGAGAGUUGCUAAAAAUAUAGAAAUUGAAAAUUGAAUGCAUACCAUUGCCUAGUUUGUCUUCUAUAAUUGUAACCAAUUCCUUCUAAAAUAAUGUUAUUCCAUUUAACUUAACCUCAUUUAAUGUAUAAGUGGCUUGUAGGUCCCUUAUUCCAAAAUGCAUUUAUCUGUACUGAAUCUCAGCAGCCAUUUUGCUCCUAAGUGGCCUAAUUUAUCCAAAACCCUCUGUUGAGAAUUUAUAUUUCAUUCAGACACCUUAUUUUGUGUCAUCUACAAACACUGACAGAUGACUUUCAAUAUCCACUCCAAGAUUAUUUAUAAAAUGGAUUGAAAGAGAAGUGGACCAAGUACAGAACCUCAAGACACACCACUUUUGUCCAGUUUGAUAAUUUUCCAUUUACAACUACGCUCUGCACUCUAUCUUUAAGCCAAUGUUCAAUUCAAGAACAAAAUUUUCCAUCUAAAACGACUUAAUUUAAUAGUAACCUGUUGUGUGGAAUUGUAUCAAAUGCCAUUUGUAAACUCCAAGUAGAUCACAUCCACUAGAACUCGCCAAUCUAUAUUUCUACUAACUUCUUCAUAGAAUGCAAUUAAGUUAGUUAGUUUGGUAUGAUCUGUCUUUCAUCCAUACAUAUUCUAUUCAUUUAAAUAAGGGGUACACAACACUGUCCUUUCACAAGGAUUUGCAGCUAACAGCGGUAGGGUCAAAGUUGUAUCCCUCCCCAUUCAUUUACAUAUGUUACAAAAUAAAUCUAUUUUGUUCUGCACUCCAUGUUACUAUACCAAUAUUUUCAUAUUCACAACAAUUACCUCUCUCUCUCUCGUUCCCGGUCAUUUUGGCGGCUUUCCUUCUCUUCUGCUCUUUGAGGGCUUUUCCGCAUUAGAAAUUUGUUUUCUGGUACAGUUGGGAUCUCCUCUGGACGGACAGUGGAUGUUACUUGUACUUCUUGGUCUUCAUUUUCAUGCUCACUAUCAGAACUGACAGGAAAAUAAAGAACGUUUAUACCACAUGAUAUUAAAAAGAGAAGCGAAACUAUGUUAUAGUGAUACUAAUGAUGUUUUAUUAUUGAUUUGCAUAGAUUAUGAACAAAUAAGGAACGUGUAAUAUGUUUCAGUUGCAAUGCAUUUAACAUUACCACAGGCCGAACAACCCAAUAGCCUACUCAACAGCUCUCACCUUUUCUUCGUCUUUUCCUUUUCCUUUUUACGUUUUUUCUUCUCCCUUUUAUGCUUCUUUGAAUUCUUUUUGUGCUUCCUUUUUUUCUUUUUAGAUUUUUCUUCCCCUUCACUUUUGGAAUCAGAUGAAGAGUCAGAGGAGUCAGAGUCACUGGAAUUAUCAGAAUCACUGGAAGAGGAAGAUUUGUGUCUUUUCUUUUCCUUCUUAGCUAAAGAGGGAAAAAAAAAAAAACGAAAUUAAGGGGAUAUUUGGGAGAACACUCUCUCAAAGAAAAACUCACAUAUAUUAAACCAACUACUUUUUAUUUCAAAUAGAUUCACAAUAUGCAGGUUUUUUUGUUUGUUUUUUUAAAAGCUCAAUACAAAAGGACACAAAGAACCAAAAAUAAACUAACCACAUACUAAAACCAGAUCAGUAACAUAAAAGGCUGUUAUCGUUAAAAUGCUUUUACAAUUCUUAGUUAGCAAAACAAACUAUUAUCUCAUACAUUUUUUUUCUCAAACUGCACAUCUAGAAAUAUGAAAGAUGUGUGAUCCUGACCCAAUACACUUCGCAUCUGUAACAGAUGGCAAAGAAUGAAG